UAAUAGUUGCCGACUUUGAAUUUUAUCUUUGGUCAGAUUCAAUUUUCGAAGAUCUGAAGCCUGAAAGAUCAAAGAGAGAAAAAGCGAAGAGCAAGAUCGAUCGAAACUCAAUAGAGAACAGAAAAGUAAUAAACCUAAAGGAAAUGGAGCAAGAGAGCGUGUUGAUUCGGCGGUGCAUAGAAGCAGCUUGUCGAAGCAAAGAGAGCGUGGAGAAAUGGCGGAGACAAAGAAGAACUCUUGAGCGGCUGCCAUCUCACCUUUCUCAAGCUCUCCUUCGAAACCUCCUCCGUCGUCGCCUCCUCUUCCCUUCCUUGCUCGAAGUGUUCAAACACAGUGCGGAGGAGAUAGAUCUUAGUGGCGAGAAUUCUGUUGAUGCGGAAUGGAUGGCGUAUUUAGGCGCUUUUGGUUAUCUACGAACUCUUAAUCUCGCUGAUUGUCAUAGAAUUAAUAAUUCUGCUAUUUGGUCCUUAGUUGGGAUGACUAGUCUGAAAGAGCUGGACCUUUCACGGUGCAUGAAGGUUAGUGAUGCUGGCGUUAGGCAUAUUAUAUCCAUUUCAACUUUGGAUAAGUUAUGGAUUUCUGAGACCGGUGUCACUGAGAAUGGAGUUGGACUGCUCUCGUCUCUUAAGGAUUUGUCUGUAUUAGACUUGGGUGGUUUGCCUGUCACUGAUACUGCAUUGAAUUCUCUCCAGGCAUUGACAAAGCUACAAUACCUUGAUCUAUGGGGGAGUAAAAUAUCUAACAAAGGGGCUUUGGUCCUUCAAAGCUUCCCCAAGCUGAGCUUCCUCAAUCUUGCUUGGACCAAUGUUACGAGCUUUCCAAAUCUGUCAUCUCUUGAAUGUCUGAACAUGAGUAAUUGUUCCAUUGAUUCUAUCCUUGAAGACGGUGGUGAUGAAUCUCCUUUCUUGAAGCUUGUUUUUUCCGGAUCAACUUUCACGAGUGAGGCUGAGGCCUUCUUACAUAUCAAAAUGAGUUCCUUAUCCUAUUUAGAUGUAUCCAAAUCUUCCCUUAACCGGUUUGGUUUUUUAGCUGAUAUGAAAAUGCUAGAACAUUUGGAUCUCAGCUCUAGCACCUUUGGGGAUGAUUCUGUUGAAAUGAUUGUAUGUAUUGGAGCCGGUCUGAAAAAUCUAAAUCUAAGCAGAACAAAGGUCAGCUCUGUAGGGAUUGGGAUUUUAGCUGGACAUGUUCCCAAACUUGAAAUUUUAUCUUUAUCUCAGACAUCAGUUGAUGAUGUUGCCUUGUCUUAUAUUGGCUUGAUGCCAUCACUUAAGGUUGUUGAACUAAGCAACACAAACAUUGAAGGUUUUAUUCUCCAGCCAGGCAUCGAGUCACAUAAGGAUAGCACACUAACGGCACUUCAAAAUCUUAAUUAUUUGGAGAGCUUGAACUUGGAGCAUACACAAGUUAGGGAUCCGGAUUUGCACCCUUUAUCAAGUUGCAAAGAACUGAGUCAUUUAUCUCUCAGAUGUGCUUCCCUUACGGACGCCACGUUGCAUCACUUAUCGUCUCUCCCAAAGCUGACCACACUUCAGGUCCGUGAUGCUGUGUUAACAACUAGUGGCCUGGAUGCAUUUUGCCCACCAAGAACAUUGAGAUUACUGGACCUGAUGGGUUGUUGGCUUUUAACUGAAGAUGCUAUCUCACUAUUCUUAAAGAAACAUCCUCAAGUUGAGAUACGGCACGAAGUUAUCGAGAACAUUUCAGCAGAGCAGCAAAUAUUUUCCAGUAGCCCAUCCUCAUCACAACAAUUUUCAAAGAUUUCUCGAUGGAACAAAAAACAGGUAAAAUUGCCCAUGCCUGAGUUUCUCGUAGAUCAAAGAUUGAAAUAUAGCAGAGAGGAGUUACUUGCACUACAGUUUUCACCUUCAUCCCUUAAAUAUCCCCAUAAUAUAGGUUAGUACCACACCCAACUUACAGUCAUAUCAAAUGGAACCAUUGACAACUACUUCUCUGUUUAGUGGCAACAAGAAAGCUAAGUGAGACAUGUAAGCUUGGUUUUUUUUAUUUCAAGUCAUCCCUCUCCCUAUCCCCAAUAUAUAUGUGUUACUGUAUUCUUGUGUUUGUACUUGAAUGAUGAAUUGUGUU